UCUUGAAGACUAUCUUCAGUUUAAAUAGAGUGUAUUGAUAACCCUUGAUAAUGACAACUGUAACGACAUCACAAUAAUACCAGUGUGUAACCGUGUCGCUAUAGACAGAAAAAUGCGUAUCCCACCAUAUUUAGUGCUCAUUUUAUCAUUCUUCCAAUUUUCUGCAUCCAACGACCAGCAGGAUUGCUUAAAAGAGACUGAAACUGCUUACGAAACCCUGCACAAAGAGUUUCAGGGCUUUCCAACGUCGUACGACAACGACGUCGUGGGAAAGUUUUUCGCUUGCCUUUGGAAGAAAAAUGGCGUAAUGAACGGCGAGGGAAUUGUCAACAAAGACGCGUUCAUCGAUUACUUUACGGCAUUGGCUCACAAUAACAGAGAUGACACGGUCAGACUUGUUCGCGAGGAGCUUCCUAGUUUCGCACAAAAUGAACAAGUGGACGCUAUACGUCUUGUUAACGGCGUUAAAUUAGGAUUUCUCGGUCUUACUUCCGCCGAUCAACAACGUAAGGACGUUUUGAAAAUCAUAAUGACGUAAACACCGUAUAAUACGUCAUUGCACGGUGGGAUACCUACAAAUUUUCACCGAUUUGGCUGAAGCCUCCACUUGGUAUACCAAAAAUGUGACAUUCUACUUUCAAAUAAAUUUUAAACAAAUUUA